AUGGCGACUCUCGGCGGCAGUCGUGGGGAUCGUCUCGGCAACACUAAUCAACAAAAGUCUUCUUUUGCAUCUCCAGAGAAAGUUCGUGAGCUCCUCAAUGCAGGAGUGUCGUCCACGGAUAUCGGAUCCAACAGUGGACAAGGAAAUUUGAAAGUUCUGGAAGUAAAAAGCAACACUCAAGUAUCCUGUGAAGCAACGAACAAAGACGCCUUUUUCUCAAGAGUGGAAACUUAUUCAUGUUUGAAAUGGGCAGGAAAACCCCGCACACUGUCCCCUCUGAUGUGUGCCAGAUAUGGCUGGAUCAACAUUGGCUGUGAUAUGCUCAAGUGCUCCAGCUGCCAGGUUUUCCUUUGUGCAGCACUACAACCGACUUUAGACUUUGAAAAAUAUGGAAGCCGCAUUGCGGAGAUAACAAGGCAGCUUCGGACGCAGCAUGAGAAGUUUUGCCCCUGGCCUGACUUUCCAUGCCCAGAGCGGUUCUGGCUGGUUCCGGCCUGUGAACCAUCAGCACUGCUCACUGCCUUCUUAGAGCGCUUCCAGAGCACUUGUCUCCUUGUACAGCAGCUGCCUGCCAUGAAGCCGGAGCAGCUGAAAUCUAUGUCGUUGACUGAGGAUGUUAUCAGUGUCGUACUACAGCUGAUCGAGGACGAACAAAAAAGAAAAGGAGGUUCUCCAUGUUCUGAAUCUUUGGCUGUCCAAGUGGCUGCAUGCAUUGUUUCUCUCUGUGGCUGGGAUGCAAGCCCAACUCUGCACACAAUGAACCUGCCCAUCCUCACCUGCUCGUACUGUAUGCGCAAGGUGGGCUUGUGGAACUUCCACCAGAUGGAGGGAACGGGAAGCGAGGGAGACUCCUCACCAAACACUAUAGGCCCGCCUCCUCAAGCAACGAGUCCUGCCCCAGCAGCCCCGCAUGAGGGCAUGGGGGACCAGCCUGCUUCUGCCUCACCCAGCCCUGCUACAACUCCAUGUCGCAUGAAGCUGAGGAGCCAGGACACCACCCGCUCUGACCAGAGUGAGGGAACCUCCUCCCCCGUGUCUUUGCGUGCCCGAAGCAGAGACUCGCCAAGCCCCAGUGAAGAGCUGCAAAGUUCUUCACCCAGGGGCAAAAGGUCUGCAACUCGCGGUAGAGGACACGGGGACAACUCUGGAUCUGAUGGCGCUGCCAGCCUGCAUCCCCCUCCUAAACGCCUGUGCCUCUCAUUUGGCGGUCCUGAUGGGCUCCUGCACAGGAAUACAUUUGACCCCCUCGCUCAGCACAGAGACUGGUGUCCCUGGGUCUCCGUGGGGAAGGAGAAUGUGGAUCCAGGGUCAAUCCCCUGUUUGGAUGGAGUCUCAGCGCUUCAUCAGCAGGGCUGGAAGGCUGCUCUCGACCUCCUUAUGCCCAUGAGGAGGAACUCCAAUACAGCAGGGGGUAGUCCAGGACAGGGCCCUCGUGACAAGUCCAAAAGGGUGUUUGCUAUAUUCCGUCAGUGGCAGGCAUCCUCCUCUCCAUCUCAGUAGACUGUUUCCAUCCAAACAGCAUCACAACACUGAAUUGAUGGACUGACCUGCCCUCUUUUUUUUUUUUUUUUGUGGCGCAGUCGGUAGUACCAAUGACGGGAAUGUCAUAUCAUAUAAAUGUAUGCCAUCCCUUGAAGUUGUGUUUAAAGUCAAAGUGGCUCUGGAGGAAAAGAAAGUCAAUUGUGUCUUUAGGCAAAUGAAUGAGUGUCUUCUCUGUGAACAGGGAAAUAUGUGAAGGAUGCUUGUGUGGCUAUAAAACCUUUGAAUUGGGAUGUGCAGAUAUUGGGGCCUCUAUAGGCCUUGUAUCAUGUGUAUGCAUAAGAAGUCAUCAAGUAAUAGGACACAUCUCAGCGUAUAGAUUGGCCACAAACGAGGCAUUUACUAUUUUUAAUCUCACAUGAAUUCUGCUUCAGCAGGACGUCAUAACAUCAUGAUAGUCUGGAUUUCUGUAGAAUACAAGAGGCAAGAAAUCCCUUAUUAUGGUGAGAACAGGCCAAAUGGCUUGACACUGGAAAGGCGAUGUUUACCUUCAAUGUAUUUGGAGUCAAUUUAGGGAGUGGUCAAUGUUUAACCUCAGAUGAGCAUAAGAAACUGAGGAAUCAUUUUUGUGUACUAUUGUGCGUGAAAAAGGUAAUGUGGAUAUGAGUUCUCUUUUGAAUAGAACAAUCCCUUUUCAAGUAGUGAAAUGUUAUUUUCUUUUACAAUACAAUCCAUCUUUAUUGUCCACCAGGCUCAGUCCUGAUUACUGCAGGCAAGUAGAACUAUGUGCCAUAAACUUCAAACCUGUUUUUAAUUAGGUUAUGGAUUCCUUCACUUCCUUCUUGCCUUUGUGUGCGUCUCUUAAUGCAGUCCUUUCUAUCUUGCAUGUGGUUUUAUCUUCUUGGAGUUUCCUAAAAGCGUUUAAUAAAAUGCUCUUCUGAAA